GCCCCCCGCGACGCACACCACGUACUUACCACCACCACCGCGCGCUCGAUCGAUCCCGCGGCCCUCCACCCCUCGCGCCCAGCCGCUCCCUCCCCCUCACCCAUACAUACGGAGCGCCACCCACCGCAGCGCGCGAUCGAUCGGUUAAUCUGUAGGCUGCUACCUCGCUAGCUCCGUCCGCCGUCGUCCGUCCGCGAGCCACCACCAACCGGCCGGCCGCGCGCGCGCGCCCAUGGACAGUAAGGACAAGGAGAAGGAGCAUGAGCAGACCGCGUCGGGCAGGAACCCCGACGUGAACGACGUCGAGGAGGAGGAGGAGGACGAGGAGGGCAACAAGCGCGCCGUCGUGCUCGGCCCCCAGGUCCCCCUCAAGGAGCAGCUCGAGCUCGACAAGGAUGAUGAGAGCCUGAGGAGGUGGAAGGAGCAACUCCUCGGGCAGGUUGAUACUGAACAGCUUGGAGAGACUGCUGAGCCGGAGGUGAAGGUGCUGAACCUGACCAUCCUGUCGCCGGAUAGGCCGGACCUUGUACUGCCGAUCCCGUUCGUCCCCGACGAGAAGGGCUACGCCUUCGCGCUCAAGGACGGGAGCACUUACAGCUUCCGCUUCAGCUUCAUCGUCUCCAACAACAUCGUGUCAGGCCUCAAGUACACCAACACUGUCUGGAAGACUGGAGUAAGAGUUGAGAACCAGAAGGUGAUGCUGGGGACAUUCAGUCCCCAGCUAGAGCCCUACACAUAUGAGGGUGAAGAGGAGACCACCCCAGCUGGCAUGUUCGCAAGAGGUUCCUAUUCUGCUAAACUAAAGUUUGUUGAUGAUGAUGGCAAAUGCUACUUGGAGAUGAGUUACUACUUUGAGAUUAGGAAGGAGUGGCCAACCAUCCAAUGAUGUGUGGAACUAAAAAAGGGCUUCAGAAACAUGUUAGCUGCUAGCUAAGCCAAGUCAGAUGCGCUGUUGCUUCUAGAAAUGAUUCAAUGUGUCGUCAUCGUUAAACGCCUUUUAAUUUGUUUUGAGCUUGUCACACUUUCUUUUUUCUCUUUUUCUUCCUGUUCUUCGGUCGCAUAAUGUUUAUUCAAACCUAUAUAAUCGAUUCUCUAUACAUGGAGACGCGCUGAUAUAUAUUUAUGUACUACUGAAUUCUGUUGUUUACUUGUUUGCCUGAAACACACCAGCUGAUCAAUUCCUUUGAGCUAA